AUGAAGUUUUCUAGAACAGCAUCUACUCAUCUCACUAAUUUAUCCUUUAGGUCAAGUAAUCCAAGCACUACUCAAACACCCUAAAGCAAUUCACGUUUGAGUGAGGUUAAUAAUAAAAUUGAUGAUCUAUUAAAAAAGUCAACUACUUCAAUCAACAAAUAAGAGUUUAAAUUUCCUUCUUAAGAGAAAAAGAUUAAUUAAACUUACAAUUGUACUCUUAUGACUGAACAAGCAUAAAAGGAAAAAAAAUAAUUAUUGACAAUCCUAUUAUAGAAAGAUAGUAUUAUAAGGGACUAAUAGAACAAAAUUGCAUAAUUGGAUUAAUAGAAUAAGAAUUUGAUGAAGUAAUUGCAAUAAUUCACUAAUCUUCAACCUUAAAUGGGAUAAUUGGAAGAGCAAUGCUAAUAAAUUAUCAAGUAGAAUGAAUAACUGAAAUAUGAGAAAAACUAAAUACAAACCUCGCUUAAUUAUCUUAAAUGCUAAAACAUUUAAGUUAUAAGUCAAGAAUUAAAGAAUUCUUUGUAAUAACUGCAUUAACAAAUAAAGAAAUAUUACAUCUGCAAUUAUAAAGAAGACUACUAUAAUUUAGAAUAAAGUAGAAUGACUCUAAAAAUGAGUGACCUUGAUUUCUAUACUAUACUAAGGGAAUGUUUGGAUUGCAUAUUGUAUAUGAUUAAAAACACUGACCAUUCAUUAGACCAAUAUUUAAAUAGAAAUACUAAAAUUUGA